UCUCAGGGUUUAAGCUUACUUUCGCGUGGAAUCGUUCCUUGUUGCUACAUUCAUCUUCAACCACCGAUGGGUAAAGGAAAAAAAAACAAGGGGGUUUCCAUGGAACUUAAAGUGCCUCCAAAACCUGAUAAGUGGACAAAGCUUCCAAAAAAGUGUUUGAAAACACUUGCUGAUGUUGGAUUGUGUGAAAUCAAAGAUUGGACGUUGAAACUCAUCAUGGAUGAUUGGUCAUGUCAACAAGCUAAAUCCACAAACCGAAUAGGACCCUUUCACAUCUCAUCUUAUGUUGUUACGGUUGCGUUUUUGUGCUGGAGAACUUCAGACCCGGAAUUCACAGAUCUUUUGAGAGGAACCAAUUGGAAAGAAAUUCUAGGUUAUAUUCGUGACCAGCUCUACCACGUGAUCUGUUGGGCCUAUGCCUCCUCUGAUUUGGUCAGCGCUGUUAAAGUCAUCCACAAAUGGGAGGAUCGAUACAUUCCAUUAUCCUCUUGGUCUCUAUCCUCCAAUGUUGAUCCACAGAUGCUUGGCACUUGUAAAACCGCGUUUCCAGGGCAUCAUUGCUAUGAAAAUACGAUGGCCAGAGCUCUAGCACAUAUUGCGGAAGAGGGAAUCCCAGAUGAGUGCCCACAAGAUUGUGUAUUUGACUGUUGUAAGAGUCCUCCCACUUCAGAAAAGAAGACCUAUAUCAAGCAUUUUCUCACCUUCAAGACAUUAGAGAAGGCUUUAGCACACUUGCACAUACAGCCCAUCGGGGCCUCUUUGAUCGUUUUCACUGAUUUGGCGAAACCUACGGAGGAUAUUUACUAUGGCCCCCUAUCAGAAAAAUCAGUUUUCGUGGGCUAUCAUGGGGUAGAUAUCGUUGCCAUAGAGAUAUUUAAGGGACAACUUGUAGCACUUUGCAAGAUGAGCAAUGGCACCGAGGUUGCCAAUCAAGGAUAUGUUCGAGUAUCUUUGAGAGUUAUGUACAUGCCCAUUUUCUGUGAUAUUGCUCAGGCUGUUCGUCCUACACUCAGGCCACUACAUCUCCUUUCUGAUUUUUGUUGCCCAUGUAUGGGUGAGGCUCCGAGAGGAGACCUCAAGCGGAAACUGAAUCAAGAUCAUGACUCAGAAACAACAAAAAAGCUUCGCCAUGAAGAUGAACCUAGCAGUUCUAAAACGCCCUCUGAUCUGGAUGAUAAUGAGAACAAAGGUCUGCAUCGCCAAGAGGCGAAGAAGACUCCAAAGGUUCUGAACAGAAAGGCUGAGGAAAAGCUUCUGAAGAAGAAGAGAAAGGCUGAGGAAGAGCUUCUGAAGAAGGAAAAAAGGAAAGCAAGAAAGGCUGAAGAAAAGCUUCUGGCGAAGGAGAGAAAGGCCAAGGAGCUUAUGAAGAAGGAGAAGAGCAGUGGCUGAGAGGUAGCUGCUAAUCAACGGUUUUGGAGCAAUGAGAGAGAGAGAGCGAAGAGAUGGCUUUUUAUUUUAUUUUACCCCCUUUGUAUCAAUCAGUCGGAAAAGGGGAAGAAACUAAUAUUUCAACUUACAUCUUCAUCUCUCAUUGCUCGCGGUAUUUUGGUAGGGUCGAGACCGUAACGUAA